AUGUGGCUGCGACGCGGGGGACAGUGGCAGAGACACAGAGAUGGCGAGAAAGAGUUGGCCCAAAGGCGAUUUACAGUGAGGGUAGCAUGUGGAAGUGGAAGGUUCUUCGUGGGCACGGUGCUGCAGUACCAGCUGCACAGGGCGGCGUGCCGCGCCGCCGGCAAAUUCGACCCGGAGAACCCGGCCAGGGCGCCGCUGCACAAGUGCGACGUCUACCGGAGCCCGGAGGCCGGGGAAGUGCUCAGGCGGCUGAUGCGGCCCGGCUCGUCGGCGCCGUGGCAGGAGGCGCUGCGGCUGGCCGCCAACGAGUCGCAGCUGGACGGCUCUGCCGUCAGAGACUACUUCCGGCCGCUGGAGGACUGGCUCGCCCAGGAGAACCGGCGCACCGGGGAGUACAUUGGCUGGCUCUACGAUGGUGAUUACUGCAAGCAGAGUAUCGAGACAGCCAACUUGCAGGUCUCUGGUGGCUACUACAAUGCAGCAAUGGUUUGCAGCCCUACUGUAGUUGUGAUGCUCAUCCCUCUCUUGGUUACACAGUUUCUGAUUGCAAAUGGUGUCUAGCCAGAGUGGCUAGAUGUAUGAGGCUGUAUGAAUCUCUGUCAUUAUUACCCAUGGUAGAGAUAGAAGAGGAAAAAAAAAGUUGUAUAUAAUACAGUAUGACAUGUCAUUAUAAAUAAAAUUCAACUUUUUUUAUUUGAUGCCCAUGAA